AAUCUCAGUGAUCAAGCCUGUGUAAAAGUGAACUUCCAUCCCCUCACUACUUCAUAGCCAAUCACUGUCAAGUAUCAUGGUCACAUGUACUUCCACAGCCUAUCAGCUAGGUAUAUUAGCUGGAGUAAGGAAGUAGGAAAGUAGGGACAUGUUGGGAGAAGCAGAGCUGCAGGAGCUAACUACUUUGCCAGGAUAAGAUGGGGAGAAAAACCUGUUGUGAGACAAACUUUGGAAUUGGCCAGGUUUGAUGGCGAGCUGAAGAUCCAGGCCUAGAGCCCAAGAAAGAUUUGCACUUUGCCGUGCGUGCAUGAAGACUUUUGAUCUCCUGCCAGGCUAGUAGGAGGCUCCUUGCAGCCAACGAACAAUUCUGUUCUACCCUGAUCUGACUUGCGUCAGUUAGGACCUGCACUGCACCAAGCACUUUAAAAGAACUUGCUUGGGACCUUUAACCAACCCCAGCUUGGGGUGAAUGAACUGAAGGGUGUGGGUUCAUUAAUUGUAGAAUUGAUUAAUGUUUUUUUUCUGUUUAUUUUGUUUUUUCUUUUGCGCAUUUUAUAUGGCCAUUUGAAUGUUUCACUGUUGUAAAUAUGUAUAUAUUUGUCUACACUAUAAAUACAAAGGCACUCGCAACUGCAACCUUCCAGUCUGUCUGCUCCUUCAUGAGUCUUAUCUAGUUUCUGAUCCAACUAGCCCAUUGACCCGAUUGGUCACUAUUCACUUACAUUGAUUUAAAAUGUACUAUAGUAUAUUUACAAAUAUGCUACAUUAAUUUAUGGCGAGCUAGCCAGGAGGAGUUUGUACAGAGCUGAAGUAUUGCAGUUUGCUAUUUUGUUGCUACUAUGGACGUCUUUGUGAAAUACGGGGUUAAAAUACCUAAUGCAGUGUUGAUUAAAUAUGCAACGAACACAGAAACUGAUAAUGAAGUAGCUGAUUUUCUAACAGGUUACGGAUUAAUGGAAAAGUCUGAAAUUAUAACUGAUUCUGACUCAGAUUUUCAUAACUGCAUAAUUUUUGAGUUUGCGUCAGGGAGUGCGUUAGAGGGGUUGCGUGAAAUCUUGCCGUACGUGUAUAUUUGUCAAACCAAAGUUACUUAUGAAAUCGAAGAACUGUCAGUGGUUUGCUCUGAGUUAGAAACUAAAAUAAAAACUCAAACUUACCUGAAUGAAAUGAAACACAUGGCUAAGCUUACAGGUCAGAAUUACACAGAUGUCCUCAAGAGUGUAGUGUCUCUACUGGGCCAGUCCAUUACUGAACUUUGUCCAGCACCUUCUUUCUUGAAGACGCCUCCAGAUGAAGAUGAUUUGGCUAUGGCUGCUCCAAGUACAUCACAGAUGGCAACCAAGGGUGUGAUUCAUCUCAAACCAAAAGAUGUCACUGCAGAUGAUGGGGAGCUACCACACGUCCAACCUGAUCCUACAGCCCACUACACAUCACGACCUUCCGGACCCUUGCCAGCUAUGUCUUUCUCAGAUAUCAACCCACCUGGAGUGCAGAGGUAUGUGGUUGAGCAUAUCAUGAAAAGUGAUGAUAAUGCAAUGCACAUGUCCUCAUUAAAACUUAAAUCAUUUUCUGGUCGAACUCCGAGACCACAACAUGAAAUGGAUUAUGAAGCUUGGCGAUCUGGCGUUGACCUUCUGUUAAAGGAUCCUGCCGUGUCGGAACUACACCGUUCUAGAAGGAUAUUUGACAGUCUACUACCACCAGCUGCAGACAUGGUUAAACAUCUUCAACCAGAUGCACCUCCUUCAAGUUACCUCAAAAUCCUUGACUCUGCCUAUGGAACAGUCCAAGAUGGUGAUGAACUGUAUGCAAAAUUUAUGGAGCAGUUUCAAGACGCAGGUGAAAAACCAUCAGUUUAUUUACAACGCCUGCAAGUGACUUUGAACCAUGCUGUACGGAGGGGUGGAGUAUCGGUUGCUGAUUUUGAAAAACAUUUGCUGAAUCAAUUCUGUCGUGGUUGUUGGGAUAACACCUUAAUCUCUGAGCUCCAACUUAAGCAACGCAAGUCAAAACCACCGUCUUUUGCUGAACUGUUGUUGUUGUUAAGAACAGAAGAAGACAGAGAAGCUGCUAAAGCUCAGCGUAUGAAACAGCACCUUGGUUCCAGUAAAUCCAGAGCUAGUGUGCAUUCACAUCAUGCUUAUGCAUCAGUUGAAGAAAAAAGUGCUUAUGAUGAUUUGACUAUCAUCACCCAACAACUUGCCAAGCAGUUAGCUGAUGCCGAAGUUGACCAGCCAGUUUCCACACCUGCUCGUAGGCCUCAGACCCGCAGCCUCCAGGAACCAGUGGAAGAACUGGAGGGGAGCCCAGAUGAGGAGGAUGAGGAGUGGAGUUUACCUGGGUUUUCAGUUUUGCCAACUGUGAAGAUGCUGUGGAUCCAUAUCCAGCCCUGGAAAAAGUUCCUUCAGAAGAAGAUCAAAUAG